GGGAGCAAACAAAUCUUAAAUUACAUCAAACGUAGGAUACUUUUACCUGCCGCAAUGGCUCAAAAUAGGAACGAGCUGCUGGCGGUACUGGCACUGGUGAAGAAGUAUAAUUUAAAGUCCACCGAAGAACUCUUGAGGAAGGAAGCCGGUCUCACCGACGUCCCGGAGAAUGUGGCGGGAGAAGCCGAAGUGAACAGUGUGCUAGCCGCGUACAAGAGUGAAGGGGAUCCGGAUAUUUAUGAAAACUCGUACAUGGAACUGCGAAAGUUCGUGGACGAGUCAUUGGACAUCUACAAGCACGAACUGGCCCUCAUUCUGUAUCCCGUGUUGGUGCACAUGUACAUCGAGCUAGUGUACAACAGCCACGAACAGCAGGCCAAAAAGCUGAUUACAAAGUUUGGCCCCGAGCAGGAGUACUACUAUCAGGACGAGCUGGCCAAACUGGCGAUGGUCACAAAACGAGACCAGAUGAGCGGCAACGAUAUCACCGAUACGUUCAAAUCGAAUGCCUUCACGAUUCGAAUUUCGCGCGAUACACUUUCGCUGCUGAAGCGGCACCUGCACGAGAAGAAAGCUUCAGUCAUAUUAAACAUCGUUAACGAGCACAUGUACUUCGAUCUUUACGAGGGAGUGGCCCGGAAUAAGGCGCAAUGUGACGCCACGUGUGGAGCGAUGACGGGAGAAGCGAAACGGCAAGAUAACAAAAUCAAGGUUUACUACGGGCUGCUUAAAGAACCGGACGUACAAACGCUUGUCGCUGCUCCGCCGGAAGAGGACGACGACAUGGAUCCGGAUGCACCGGAUAAGCCGAAGAAAAAGAAACCGAAAAAGGAUCCAUUGUUUUCGAAAAAAUCCAAGUCGGACCCGAACGCACCACCGAUCGAUCGCGUUCCGCUGCCAAAGCUCAAAGAUGCCGACAAGAUGGAAAAAAUAAAGUCUCUGCGUGAGGCAUCGAAACGCGUGAACCUUGGCCCCGACUCGCUGCCGUCGAUUUGCAUGUACACCCUGUUGAACGCGAACUACACUGUGACAUGCGCCGAUCUGUCCGAAGAUUCCAGCUUGAUGGCGGUGGGAUUCUCCGACUCGGCCAUCAAGGUGUGGUCGAUGACCCCGGUAAAGCUGCGGGAAAUGAAGAGCGCAGAACAGUUGAAGGAAAUCGAUCGCGAUGCCGAGGACGUGCUGAUUCGCAUGUUGGACGAUCGAAGGGCAGAAUCGUGUCGAACGCUGUGGGGUCACAGUGGCCCCGUGUAUCGGACUUCCUUUGCACCGGACCGUACGAUGUUGCUCUCGUGCUCGGAAGACUGCACCAUCCGUCUCUGGUCGCUGCACACCUGGACCUGUGUCGUCGUGUACAAGGGCCACCAGUUCCCGGUGUGGGACGUUCGCUUUUCACCACACGGGCACUACUUCAUGAGCUGUUCGCACGAUAAAACGGCACGGCUGUGGGCGACCGACUCGCAUCAACCGUUGCGCAUUUUCGCUGGCCAUUUGUCCGACGUGGAUGUUUGCAUCUUUCAUCCCAACAGCAACUACGUGGCAACCGGGUCGAGCGAUCGCACCGUGCGCCUGUGGGACGUGUGCGUGGGCAACCAUCAUCGUUUGCUGACCGGCCAUAAGGCACCGAUCCAUUCGUUGGCCUUUUCCAUGUGUGGCCGUUAUCUGGCGUCGGGAUCGGCAGACCAUCGGGUGCUCAUCUGGGAUCUGGCCCACGGGCACCUGAUAGCCGCACUAACGGGCCAUUCUGCUUCGGUGCACUCCGUGUGCUUCAGUCGCGAUGGUACGAUCCUGGCCACCGGUGGCCUUGACUGUGCCCUCAAGCUGUGGGACUUCACGAAGCUAGUAGAUGACAUCAGUGGGGAAAACGUGAACGUAUCGCACAAUCCGGAUGUACGUGAUGGUGAUCCGUAUCUGAUGCGUACGUUCCCCACGAAGCAGUCUCCGUUCUUGACGUUGCACUUUACGCGUCGUAAUCUGCUGCUGGGCGUUGGCAUGUUCGAUCUCGCCAUUUAGAGGGAAGCAUUUGAAUU